CAAAGUUUCGGAUGCAUAUUAACUUUUAUAUGACUAAUUGCCAAGUUAGAGUUAUGUGGUAGCUGCCAUUAGCUACUCCAAUAUGACUACUAGCCUAGUCAAAGCUAUAUGGUAGCAAAAAAUAUAGUUAAAAGACUCCAAUAUUUCUGUGAAUCUGCAUGAAGGAAAAAAAAUUAUGGCUUUCCAAAAGGAGUACCUUGAUUUGGUGUUGGUCCCUUGUGGACUGCUCAUAAUGUUUGCUUAUCAUCUCUUCCUCCUCUACAGAUACCUUAAUUGUCCGCACACCACGGUGAUGGGUUUUGAGAACAAUGACAAAAUAGCUUGGGUGGAAAGAAUUAUGCAGAUUGAUAAACGGGACGUUGGAGUAGCUCUAUCUGUCAUAUCAUCAAACACAUCAGCUGCAACUUUCUUGGCAUCAGUCUCUUUAACGCUCUGCUCUCUCAUUGGUGCUUGGAUUGCAAACUCCUCCAAAGAAUUCCUGCAGAGUGAAUUAAUCUACGGAGACACAAGGCCAUCCACCAUGUCUAUCAAGUACAUAAGCCUCCUAACCUGCUUCCUGCUCGCUUUUUCCUGCUUCGUUCAGUCAGCAAGGAGCUUUGUCCAUGCAAACUAUCUGAUAAGCACCCCAGAUAGCAACAUACCUGCGCAGAAUGUGGAAGUGGCAGUUAUAAGGGGUGGUGAUUUUUGGUCACUCGGGCUUAGAGCACUUUAUUUUGCUCUGGAUUUGCUGCUAUGGUUUUUUGGGCCGAUACCCAUGUUUGUUUCCUCCAUUGUUAUGGUUAUAGUCCUCCAUUAUCUUGACACAAACACAACUCUGUUGCAUCAGCAUAGGUCCCCAGGGAACAAGAUGGUCAAAAGCGUGGCUGACUGAAUAUCCAUGGCAUUCGUGGCCCUUUACCAUCAUGGAUGUGAAGAUUGUGUCAACAUCACGUUUGAUGGAUACUUUUACAAG